AUGGAUAAGUCCAGCAAAACACGAGGGAUACACAAUGCUUGCUCAAUUGGAGUCAAGAGAUUUAAGGAUUCCAUUGAAUUUUUAAAUCACGAUUUUACUCCAUCAACAUUAGCUUUGUCGCAGACAAUUUUGGUACCUCACCUAGCCGAUUGGCCUCAAAGAUUCGACGAUAGCUUUAAUUUAAAAAUUAUAUCACAUAGAAAUUCUCUGUUGUUAUAUAUUUCACAAAUAUCACUGCUUAUUGCAUCGACACAACAGGUAAUAUUGCCACUUGACUUCCAAUCUCUGAAAUUUCACAGCUUACAAUCGCAAUACCCAGUUCAGUUGUUAAUUACAUCAUUGGCACUUAUUUUUAAGUUGGGUAUACCUAUUAGGACGUUUUGUAUCGAAUUUGAGCUACAAAAUGGAGAAUCUGAGAAAUUUCAGAAAUUGGUGGAGCUGAGACUAGUGAAACUGAUUAGGGAGGUUGAGAAGGUAUUUAACGUGCCUCCAAUGGUCAUUAAAAUGGGUAAAAGUGAGUUUCAUCCGGUGAAAGUCGUGUCCAUGCCACUCUAUAAAAUAAUCAAUUACCUACGGAAAAACUAUAGGUCCAUAGAUAGCCAAAUUGCGCAAUCGCCUACACUGCUAUUAUAUCGCAGACAACUAUACCAACUUGAGCUCAAAAUGGUUGAACAAUUUCAGGGUGAAAUUGAGAUUUUGGGACUUGAAGACCUCGCUGAUAAUCUCCAAAAUCUUGUGCACAAGUAUCAGCAGCAAUUUAUGUUUGAGGGACUAAAAAUAGCCCCCAAGUACGUGAAUUGUCAGUCCCUGUUACAAGUCGUACAUCAAAAUUUUACCAACAGGCUUAAAUCAGUGGCGGAUGGAAUGUUGGCCUAUGCUGUACUGCAAGGCGGCUACUAUCCUAGACACUCGAUCCUCAAGAGUGGCCUUGGGAAAAUGAUAGAUUUUACCGGUAGAAUCUUCCCCUUCUGGCUAAUCAAGCUUGUUAGGAAAUUAAAAUUGCCAUUAACAGUGACUUUUAACUACUUGAGUCCAGAUGCCUUUGGAGUGUCCAAUUAUUUUCAAAGCUCCUAUAGGAAAGUAACGCCAGAUAGGAUUAAUUACUACACAACAGUGGAUAGCAUUUAA